GAAGUCUCUCGACCACGAUCCCCUCCGUCGACAACCCCCGAUUCCACCACCACCAGGAACGUCAAAAUGGCCGCUGUUCAGGGAGCUAUUUCUAAGCGCAGAAAGUUCGUCGCCGACGGUGUCUUCUAUGCCGAGCUGAACGAGUUCUUCCAGCGCGAGCUGGCCGAGGAGGGCUACUCCGGUGUGGAAGUCCGUGUGACUCCCACUGUCACCGACAUCAUUGUCCGUGCCACCCACACUCAGGAGGUUCUCGGUGAGCAGGGUCGCCGCAUCCGCGAGCUCACCUCCCUCAUCCAGAAGCGCUUCAAGUUCCCCGAGAACUCCGUCUCCCUCUACGCCGCCAAGGUCCAGAACCGCGGUCUCUCCGCUGUCGCUCAGUGCGAGUCCCUCCGCUACAAGCUCCUUAACGGUCUUGCCGUUCGUCGUGCCUGCUAUGGUGUCCUCCGUUUCAUCAUGGAGUCUGGUGCCAAGGGUUGCGAGGUUGUUGUGUCCGGAAAGCUCCGUGCCGCCCGUGCCAAGUCCAUGAAGUUCACUGACGGUUUCAUGAUCCACUCCGGUCAGCCCGCCAAGGAGUUCAUCGACUCCGCCACUCGUCACGUUCUCCUGCGCCAGGGUGUCCUCGGUAUCAAGGUUAAGAUCAUGCGCGGCUCCGACCCCGAGGGCAAGGCCGGCCCCCAGAAGACUCUCCCCGACUCGGUUACCAUCAUCGAGCCCAAGGAGGAGCAGCCCGUUCUCCAGCCUAUGAGCCAGGACUACGGUGCCAAGGCUAUCGCCGCUCAGCAGGCCGCCGAGCAGCAGCGUCUUGCCGAGCAGCAGGCCGCAGAGGCAGAGGGUGGUGCGGAGACUUUCGCUCAGGAGUAAAUGUUUUUAUCUACAUUAGGCCCGGCUCUUCCUUUUUCUUCCAUCUGUCCUAACCUAACCUGAUACUCUACCUCACGCAAUCAAAAUUACAUGACCU